CAGCGUACCUUAUUUGCUUCUCAUUCAAGGUUUCAUUUCCUUUCUCCUUCCUUCUUGACUUGUGUGUCUUCUUUCACUAAAAUAUCCAUACAAAACCAAAAAAAUGGAGGAACAACAACCAGUUAUAAUAGUCGGAGCGGGUCCAUCGGGGCUGGCCACAGCCGGAUGUUUGACCCGUUUAUCGAUCCGACAUAUAAUUCUGGAAAGAGAAGAUUGCUUUGGUUCUCUGUGGAAGAAAUAUUCCUAUGAGCGUCUUCAUCUUCACCUUGGGAAACAAUUCUGUGAGCUUCCCCAUUUCUCUUUCCCACGCUCAUGCCCAACUUAUGUGCCCAGAAAGCAGUUCAUUCAGUAUUUGGAUGACUAUGUCUCCCACUUCAACGUCAAUCCUCUGUAUAAGAGAACCGUCCAGUCUGCGAUUUUCGAUCGAGUUUCUGGGAAUUGGAAAUUGAAGGCCAAGAAUGGUGAUUCCGGCGAGAUUGAAGAGUAUGUUGGGAGGUUCUUGGUGGUGGCUACAGGGGAAACCACCGACCCUUAUAUUCCUGAGAUUGAAGGUUUGGGUAGUUUCAAUGGCGAGGUUAUACAUUCAACUGGGUAUAGAUCUGGGAUGGAGUUCAGUAAUAAGAGUGUUUUGGUUGUUGGCUCUGGAAAUUCAGGCAUGGAAAUUGCAUUGGACCUUGCAAAUCACGAUGCUAAAACUUCCAUUAUCGUUCGAAGCCCGGUUCAUUUUCUAUCUAGGAGGAUGGUGUAUUUGGGAUUGAUUUUAUUGAAGCAUCUACCAUGUAACAUAGUGGACUCAUUGAUGGUGAUGCUAAGUAAGCUUGUCUAUGGGGACCUCGCAAAGUAUGGUAUAAAGAGGCCUAGUGAGGGUCCAUUCUUUAUGAAGGUCAAGUACGGUAAAUACCCAGUAAUUGAUGUUGGGACCUACGAAAAGAUCAAAUCCGGGGAGAUUGAGGUUUUGUCAGCAGAAAUAGGAAGUAUAAAAGGCCAAGAAGUGGUACUGAAGAAUGGGAAAUCGUAUAAUUAUGAUUCAAUUGUGUUUUGUACUGGCUUUAAGAGAUCCACUCAUUUAUGGCUUCAAGGGGGUGAAGAUCUUCUAAGUGAAGAUGGAAUUUCAAAAUCAAGUGGGUGGAUGGGGAAAAAUGGUUUGUAUUGUGUUGGUCUUUCAAGAAAAGGGUUGUAUGGAGCUAGUUUGGAUGCUCAAAAUAUUGCAAAUCAUAUCAAGUCCCUUCUGAUUUAGUCCUCAAGAAAAGCAAAGAAGUGCCUAUUUAGCAUACAGAAUUGCAUAUAUGUAUGAAAAGUUGAAUAAUGUUUAUUAAUUAGUAGCUACAAUAUUUUUAUUUUAGUGUUUUUGUGAAAGCAAUAUAAAGUGUAAUGGGUAUUAUAAGGUAUCUACCCUUUUUAAUUAAAAUUUUGGAAAAAUGUAUUUAUGUUUA